AUGGUCCCCGGCGCAGAUCGAGCACUUAGGGGGUCGGCCUUUGCACCCRAGAUGGUUAGAGUGCCCUAUUCCACAGCACCGAGUGCAUAUGCUCUCGGGGUUGACCUCCUUAUAGGCCUCCGUCGUAUGGCGCCGGUUGCCGAAUUGGAGGCCAAGUUUGWUCAUCUUACGGGCGUCAUCUCCAGAGCCCACGGUGACCACUAUGGUGGCGCUUUGUUGAUUCCUAGUCCUUAG